ACGACAACACAAUGCCGCCGCCAAGGAUAUCGCAGGGCCUUUUGGCUCAAUUCAGUCAAAUGAGCCUCUCCGCAUCACGGCCCACAUUACUGCAACAGACAUGCCUUUCCAAAUGUCGCUUUACAGUACCCACGACCAAGCCGUCUGUCCGGCUCUUUUCUUCCACUCCCUCAAACCUCUCAUACCUCGCACCCAAAGGCGGCGAGUCCCGCAAAUCACGCAAGGGAAGAUGUCGCGUUCCAACCGGCGGCAGCAUGCGCGGUACGACGGUAGUAUGGGGUGACUAUGGUCUGCGAAUGCGCGACCAUGACCGCCGCAUCAGCGCACACCAACUCCGCAUCGCCGAGGAAACUAUUAGGAAGCGACUUCGAGGCAUGAAGUUUCGCCUCUACAUGCGCAUUGCGGCAAACAUUGGUGUCUACACGUCCGGAAACGAUGUGCGUAUGGGAAAAGGAAAGGGAAGCUUCGACCGCUGGACUGCGAGGGUGGCGGUGAGCAAGAUCAUUUUUGAGAUCCAAGGAGACUUGCACGAACAGGUGGUGAAGGAUGCGUUUAGGCUGGCGGGAAAUAAGCUGCCGGGCUUGUACGAGUUUGUGAAGAAGGGCGAUCCGCCGGUUAUGGGUCUUACCAAGGUUGGGGUGAAUGGAAUUACUGAGGAGGACCUCAAGCGGCCAAGGAGGAAGGAGCCGCUUGAGCAAACGGCAGCGAGGUUGCCUUCUGCUUAGUAGACGACGGCGAUGACACCCUAGGCAGUAGUAUAAACGUCCAAAUCGUGAUUCAGUCAAGGCUUG